CGAUGAGGUGUGAACGCCGUGGGAACAAAAUAACGUUAGCCUAUCUUUAGUUGGAGGCAGGGUGGAUUUCACUAGAAAAAGAUUUCUGUUUUGAGCUUUUCCCAGGCGGAGAUAGUGGACAUUACGGUGAAAAUGGCUUCGUUGGCUGAACCUGUCAGACUGGAAAGAGACAUCUCCCGGGCCAUCGAGCUGCUGGACAAGCUCCAGAGGACAGGGGAGGUCCCGCCCCAGAAGCUGCAGGCCCUGCAGAGGGUCCUCCAGAGCGAGUUCUGCAACGCUGUGCGAGAGGUAUAUGAACAUGUCUAUGAGACGGUGGACAUUAAUAGCAGCCCAGAGGUCAGAGCCAAUGCUACUGCCAAGGCCACGGUGGCGGCGUUUGCGGCCAGUGAGGGUCACUCCCACCCCCGGGUCGUGGAGCUGCCCAAGACCGAGGAGGGCCUGGGCUUCAACAUCAUGGGCGGAAAGGAGCAGAACUCACCCAUCUACAUCUCCCGCAUCAUCCCCGGGGGCAUCGCCGACCGACACGGAGGCCUCAAGAGGGGCGACCAGCUGCUGUCCGUCAACGGCGUGAGUGUGGAGGGUGAGCAUCAUGAGAAGGCUGUGGAGCUCCUGAAGGCUGCCCAGGGCACCGUCAAACUGGUGGUGAGGUACACCCCCAAAGUGCUGGAGGAGAUGGAGUCCCGCUUCGAGAAGAUGAGGUCCGCCAAACGCCGGCAACAGAAUAACUAUCCGCAGUAGCGUCCUGGCUCCUACUGAGGGUCCCCCCACCCUUCCCCCUCACAUUCCUCCUCAGCCUUCACUCCCUCUGCCCCCCUCCACACUUUCGCAUGUUAUUAUGUGCAUUAUAGUUAUCUGAUGCCAAUGCCUCUGCCUUGGAAUAUGUACUUGGGAAUUUAACAAGAAUUUUUCUGAUAAUUGUUUCUUGGAAAUGUAUAAAUCUUUUAAAUUUAGGCUCAGCACAGCAUUUGCUAGACACUUAAGGGGAAAGGGUUUUUUUUAAAUCAACGGAUACUGUAUAACUUUGCUCUGAAAUGUAUUCGAACAACAAUAACGAGAAAGAAAGCUCAGAUUUAGCACUUUGUACAAUCUAAAAAAAAGAAUAAUAAUUCAGAGUAUAUAAAUUGUCACCUGGCAGCAAGCAGAAUUUCACUGAAUGUUACUAGGGAAAGUAAGAUUGGUCUGAAUUUUUAUCUGUUUUUUCUAGUCUUUUUAAUGAUUGUUGAGCUUUUUAACCUUGAAGAUUUCAGCUGUCCCUUUCUGGAUAGAUAUUGUUGAAAUAGGCCUGUACAGUUUGUGUUGUAAUUGUACACUGUAGAAUGUCUUCAUGGUCAGUUUUAUUUUCCACAAAUGUUUAAUUUAUUUUCCACAAAUGUGCUGUUUUUGGUGUUUCAUUUUCAUCCACUGUAAACUGUAGAUGUUUCUUACUUCCCAAAAAUGACACUAAAAGGAUGAGGCAAAAUGGAUGCAAUUAGGUAAUUUCCUGAGAAGGCACUAACUGCCAUGCUGUGCAGAGAUUCAUGAGAGCAGAUGAAUCAUGGAAUGGUAUUCAGUGAAUUACGCACAUCCUCCUGUAGAUGCCUUCUUCACUUCGUAUGCACGCACUCAGUGUUCCAUUAGUCUACACAGUCAGUCUGCUGGAAGGGAGCACUGAACUUAUGCGAGGGAACAAACACUCAGUAACCACUUCAUUAGGUAUUAGACUUAGUGGGUGGUCUUCUGCUGCUGUAGCCCAUCCUCUUCAAGGUUCUUUGAGAUGCCCUUCUGCAUACCACUGUUGUAAUGUGUGGUUAUUUGCGUUACUGUCGCCUUCCUGCCAGCUUGAACCAGUCUGGCCUCUCUCAUGAACAAGGCUUUUUCACCCACACAACUGUCACUUUGUUUUUCGCAUUAUUCUCUAUCAACUCGAUAGACUAGUGUGCAUGAAAAUUCCAAAAGCACAGCAGUUCCUGAGACACCCAAACCAGCCCGUCUGGCACCAACCAUCAUUCCACAGUCAAAGUCACUUGGAUCACAAUUCUUCUCUCAUUCUGAUGUUUGGUCGGAACAACUGAACCUCUUGACCAUGUCUGCAUGCUUUUUUUCCAUUGAGUUGCUGCCACAUGAUUGGCUGAGUAGAUCUUUUUAUUAACAAGUUGGCCUACAGGUCUAGUAAAGUGGUCACUGAGUGUAAUUGUAAUCAACAUCUGCAUUCAGGAACUACCACAAAUAACUCUGUGAUGCUCAUUAUGUUGCAUUUUGAAUGAACUAUUUGGAUCAGGUUGGCUAUUGGCUCCUGGACAUUUAGCAGCCAUCACAACAAAGCUACAUUUAAAAGAGAAUGAAGAAACUCAUAAAUGUAUCAUACGUUUAUCGAGAUGCAGAUUACAAGGUAUAACUGAGUACCUGCUCUCGACCACUCGCAGAUUAUAUAAGUUUGCUUUCAUAAAAUGGAAGUAUCCAUUUUUGUGUUUAAACUAAAACUGGAUAUGCAUUCGAUGUGAAAUCCUGAAUCUGAUGACACUAUAUGUCUGGGCAUUUAAAGGUUUCAUUUUAGUGUUGAAGAAUGGCUUUUUGGUUGAGAACUGCUGCCAGUAUGAAGUUCAGGUUAAACUCUUAUCUGACAAAAAGCUGCUGAGUUGCAGAAAAGUUUUUAAAUUGUGUUUAUUCUUGCAACCAAGACAUAACUGAUAAAGCCAUUUAUUCAGCUUAUGCUGCAUUGUAUACAUGGUGUUUUCUGAUUGAUAUAAACUGUAGAACAGAUGGAAAGAAAAGCCUUAGUGUCAGUUACCAGUACUUUGGUUCCCGCUUCAAGAUUUUAUCAGUUUUGUGGAAUGACUGUUCCCAGGAUGCUUGGAGGUGAAAGCAGCUGUGUACUAUAAUGGUUAGGGAAAUGGGCAGCGCAGCUAUGUACUAUAAUGGUUAGGGAAAUGGGUUUGGGUUUGAUGCUGGUGUAGUAAGGAGCUUAAUCUGAAUUGCUUCAGUAAAAUAUCUGACUGUAUGUAACAAUUGUGGUCUGUGUAAUUCACUCUGGAUAAGAGGAUUUGCUAAUUGCCAAAAUGUUGUGUAAUGUACUUUGUCAACUGAGCAUACAUGCUUGGAUUUAUAUGCAGUUGUUGUAAUUAGUGAUUUACUCUUUACAUAUCAGAUGCAUGUACUUUUCCUUUGUGACCUAUUGUACAUGGAUCAAUGGAUUUUAUCUGUUGAUCAUGAUCAAACGAUGAUCUCCUCAACCACUGAAACAUGACUGUUAAACUUCAUAUCCAGGACAUUUCCUGGACAACUGAAAUAAUUGUGCAGUCUUCUCUGGAAGCUUUUCAGUGACUUAAUUAAAUGCAAUCGCUACAGCAACACAUAGUGAAAUGUAAUGAGGGUUUUUGACAGAACACGCAAAGGAAUGCAAUGUAAUAUGCCUUCUGUUUUUAAAUAUUGUGUGAUAACCCUUGUUUAAAAUGAUUCUCCCAAAAUUCUCCCAAAGACUUCAAUCCAUCCAGCUUUGGGGGGGGGAAGGAAUAAAUAAUUGCCUCCAAGAUUUGAAGAAUGGGUUGCUUUAGAAAUGUUUUGAGGCAUCAGAUGUUUUAUAGCUAGGUAUAUGUGCCGACUGGCAUUAAACAAUGUGAGUGACCUUGUAGCUUGUGUUGUUGUAACUGCUCGAAUUAGUGAUCUGUAGCCUGACCCAUAUUACAUUACAUGAUAGUCAUUUAGCAGACGCUCUUAUUCAGAGCAGUGUACAAUAAAGUGCAAAUCAUAACCAGGGACAAGUGUGCUGAAAACCCUAGAGGGAAGUCCUGGUGUGAUCAUAUAGAUUAACUUGAACCCUUGUAGAAUAAUCAGAUGACUAUCCAAGUAGCAAUACCAUAGUUGGCAGCUAGAAUACCAAGAAUAGUAAAAUAAUUAAAUGCGAGAGCAAUUAUUACAUAUAGCAGACACAAAGCGUACAUGGCUAAUUAUAGCAUUGAGGUAGGGAGGGAAAGGUGCAGCCUGACAAGGUGAGAUUUAAGACUGCACUUGAAAGUGGACAAAGACUCUGUUCUGACAUCCACAGGAAGGUCAUUCCACCACCGUGGGGCCAGAACAGACAGCAGUCAUGACCGGGAAGUGCAGGUGGGGCGAGGGGGAGGUGCCAGGCAUCCCGAGGUAGCGGAACAGAGAGGUCAGGCAGCCGUGUAGGGUUUGAUGAGCUUUUGGAUGUAUGCAGGGGCUGAUCUCUUAACUGCCUGGUAUGCAAGCAUCAAAGUUUAAAAUUUAACAGGCAGUCAGUGGAGGUUUCUGAGCAGGGGGGUGAGAGUGUCUGGGGACAUUGAAUACCAGACAAGCCGCAGUGGUCGGGAUCACUUGUAGGGGUCUGAUGGCGGAUGCUGGAAGGCCAGCCAGCAGAGAAUUGCAGUAGUCCAGGCGGGACAGGACCAUUGCUUGGACAAGGAGCUGGGUCGAGUAGGUGGUGAGGAAGGGACGGAUUUUGGACUCUAACAGUCAAGAGAGGAACUGCAGCCACAAAGGGCCUCAUCACAACACUGACUUUCCACAGUCUAUGAAUAUAACUAAUAUAAAGCGUUAUUAUUCAGUUCAGUGUUCUCAGUGUUUUUGAAAGCAGACAGUGAACAAUGUGACAGAGCCUGCCGUCUAUUCAUAGUGUUCUAGUAAGAAAAUGUUCGCCGAACAGGUGACUUUAUGAAAUGUUGACUUUAGUGUGCUACACAACACUAUAUUUUUUGUCUUUUUGAGGUUUUCACUUUAGCUAACCAACUAUAUUAUGAGCAACGUAUUUGGCUAUGUAACUAGCUGGAUAUAUAACUAAGAUAAUCUACCACAAACGAUGCAACUGUAACUUACAGUUUGAGACACAUAAAGGUUUAGCUAAACAUGCAUGAUUGGAUGCGUAAAGAGAUAAAAUGAACGUGUAGCUGCCCAAAUUGCACUCCAGACAAGCGAUCACUGAAACCCUGUAGACUAUUGCUUAUCUAGUUAGAAAAAAAUACCAGUUCGCUAUCAGUAACAACAACCAAAUUGGCUAUUACUAGUUAGCUUCCUGAAUUUACAAAUAUCCAUCUGAAGCACAAAGCUUGUGCAAUUGCUACUAUGUUCAUAUUGCCUAUAUUUUAUCGUGAGUGGAUAUUUGUAAAUUCGUCAGGCUAACUGUAGCUAAUGUGCUUAUUGCUACCGAUAACAAACUGGUAUUUUAUAAAAUGUGUAUUCUUCGCUUGGAUAAUAAACGAUAGUAUACACUUUCAGUGAUUGCUUGUCUGGAUUGCAAUUUGGGCAGCUACAUGAACAUUCAGAAUAAGCCCCCAUGCCAUUGGCUGUGGAAAUUAGAACCCAUGUUCAACCAAUGAGCUUGUUGUACAGCUGUACAAUGUUUUGGUACAGAGUGACGGCCUAUCAACUGUAUAUUUUGAAACGAUAGGAAGGGAUUUACAAUGUUCUUGUAACAAUGUUUUAACACAAAAAUCUUACCUAGUGUACCUUUAAGACAGACAAUGAUUGACCACAAUGAUGCAAAGCUUCCAGUUGGCACUAAAGCUAGCUGAUAAGCCUGUUCUGAUCAUUACAAACAUUACACUUUGAUUAUUCCUUUAUUUGCAUUGUUUGUUGCAGCUCUGCAGAAACAUUUAUAAAUGAAGGUGCAUUUUGCGUUUUAAAAAUAAACGUGAAAUACGGCUGUUAAUUUGCUUCUUGAGCAGCAUAAAAACCAGAGGCUUUUCUUUGUGCCAUUGUUGUCAAUCGUUAAUCAUUAUUUAUUUCCAGUUGUGCUGUAUGGGGUUGUUAUUUCAGCGAUCCGGCUCCAUCAGGUUCACGCUUCAGAUUGGGCGACAGUUGGUCCGGUUGGUUCGGUUCUGGCUUCUGAUUGGGCGAGAGCUGGUUGGGUUGGUUUGGUUCAGGCUUCUGAUUGGGCGAGAUGUGGUCUGGUUGGUUUGGUUCAGGCUUCUGAUUGGGCGAGAUGUGGUCUGGUUGGUUUGGUUCAGGCUUUUGAUUGGGCGAUAUGUGGUCUGGUUGGUUUGGUUCAGGCUUCUGAUUGGGCAAGAUGUGGUCUGGUUGGUUUGGUUCAGGCUUCUGAUUGGGCGAGAUGUGGUCUGGUUGGUUUGGUUCAGGCUUCUGAUUUGGCGAGAUGUGGUCUGGUUGGUUUGGUUCAGGCUUCUGAUUGGGCGAGAUGUGGUCUGGUUGGUUUGGUUCAGGCUUCUGAUUGGGCGAGAUGUGGUCUGGUUGGUUUGGUUCAGGCUUCUGAUUGGGCGAGAUGUGGUCUGGUUGGUUUGGUUCAGGCUUCUGAUUGGGCGAGAUGUGGUCUGGUUGGUUUGGUUCAGGCUUCUGAUUGGGCGAGAUGUGGUCUGGUUGGUUUGGUUCGCCUGAAAGACGCAGGCUUAGGCGGAUCGGCCCUCGUUUCUAGCCUGAUGCGGAACUCAAUCAAAUCAUUCAAAAUAUAUUACGAUUAGUUUUGUCUGUAUUCACGUUUCCAUUGUGUCCAUUUUGUCUUUUUUUUAGCUGAAGAGAAAAUUAAAUGUUGACUGGAAGCUGUAGUCAUCUUUGUUUAGGGUAAAAGAAUAUGAAGUUAUUCAGAAGGGAUCAGAUGGAGUGUGUUGGUAUUUGUUUUCUAAAUGUGUCAGGUGAAAAUUCUGUUAGAUAGUGUAUAUAAAAACGAAUUGCAUUAUAUGUACUGCCUUUUUAAAUGUUUUUACAACAAGACAAUGAACUUAAAAAAAUGUUGUCCUUGCCUGGAAUGUUUUUUGACAAAUAAUGUUAAGCUGUUAGUAAUGAACAAGAUUAAUUGCUUAACUGACCAAUCCUAUGCAAGACGCAUCACAUGAGAAUGAACUACUUUUUAUGUAGAUUUCGUUCAUAUUGCCUAUUUUCCUCAUCCUGACUUUCUCGAAUCUAGAAAAAUAUAAAAUGAUAAAAUUAAAAUUAAGCAAUGCAGUGCAUCUAUUUUUAGUUGGAGAGUCAGGUGUUUUAAUGUCUGGCAAGCUCAGAAAAGCCUGUCUGGAUUUUCCCUCAUGUUCAUAAAACAUUUAGUACUGUUCUAAAUUUAACAUGUCCCAUAAAUCUUUCACAGUGCUCACUUAAAAGUAUACUUGGGUUGGUUUUUGCGAUGAACUGAAAAGGCGCUGACAUGUUGAGAAGCAGUGAUGGGCAUGUCCUUCACAGAGCAGGUUUUCCCAAUGCCACACAAAAGAGCAAUAAAGGUCCAGCUUUCAUUUGUAAAACAACCAUUUGUUUUUCUUGUAUAAUCUCUUAUUGACAUUGGGCCUCCUUCACUUUCUUAAAUUCUUAUUACUUUUAUUCUUAAUAAAAGAAACAUGCCUAGACCUUC